CGGAGGCGAAGCGGCGGCCCCUCCCCCGGCGGCCGCUCCGGCUGGGGCUCGCCGGCCGGAGAGUUUCGCACCCGGCUGGGAGAUGCCGCGCGGGCUCCUUCUCCUCGCAGAUUUGCAGCCAACAUAAUGCUGAAGCUCCCAACUUGGAACAAGGAUUUCACAGAAUGGCACAGACAGAACCUAACCUGGACCAUGACAUAUCAUGGUUCCUCCUUCCAUCAUGCUGGGCUAAGACUGUUGUGGCAUUAAUUUCCUUCCUCUGCUUUGCUAACAGCUAUGAUGGAGAUUUUGUCUUUGAUGAUUCUGAAGCCAUCAUCAAUAAUAAGGACCUCAGGGCAGAAACCCCACUUGGUGACCUGUGGCAUCAUGACUUUUGGGGUAGCAAACUCAGCAGCAAUACCAGUCAUAAGUCGUAUCGACCACUUACUGUCCUAACUUUCAGAAUUAAUUAUCUUUUUGCUGGAGGCUUCUACCCAGUUGGUUUCCAUGUCAUCAAUAUCAUACUGCAUUGUACUAUCUCAGUGUUGAUGGUUGAUGUGUUCUCAAUAUUAUUGGGUGGAUUGCAAUUCACUAAUAAAGGAAGAAGACUAAACCUGGCUCCAAAGACAUCUCUUCUAGCUGCUUUGCUGUUUGCUGUACAUCCAGUGCACACUGAAUGUGUUGCAGGGAUUGUUGGCAGAGCAGAUCUACUGUGUGCCCUGUUCUUUUUGUUGUCAUUCCUUGGCUACUGUAAAGCGUUUAGAGAAAAUAAGGAAGGACAUAAUUUUUCUGUAUUCUGGGUGCUGGUGAGUGUUCUCCUAGGUGCAAUAGCCAUGCUGUGCAAAGAGCAAGGAAUUACAAUACUGGGUUUGAAUGCAGUGUUUGAUGCACUGGUGAUUAACAAGUUAAAUAUUUUGGAGUUCAUUCAAAAAUUACUACGUAAGGACAAGUUAAUGGAGAGUGCUGGUCUGCUAAGAAAGGGGCUGCUUUUCAGAAUAACUCUUCUGAUGUCUGGAGGGGCUGGUAUACUUUAUAUACGCUGGAGGAUUAUGGGCACAGGGCCACCAGCUUUUACUGAAGUAGACAAUCCAGCUUCAUUUGCAGAUAGUUUGUUUGUGAGAGCUAUAAACUAUAAUUACUACUAUUCGCUGAAUGCAUGGUUGCUGUUGUGUCCCUGGUGGCUGUGCUUUGAUUGGUCAAUGGGUUGCAUACCCCUCAUUAAAUCCGUCAGUGACUGGAGGAUAAUUGCACUAGCAGCACUUUGGUUCUGCCUAAUUGGCCUGAUAUGCCAAGCUCUGUGCUCAGAAGACAGCUAUAAGAGAAGAAUUCUUACACUGGGACUUGGAUUUCUUAUUAUCCCUUUUCUUCCUGCAAGCAACCUAUUCUUCCGUGUAGGAUUUGUUGUUGCAGAGAGAGUCAUCUACCUCCCCAGUAUUGGCUAUUGCAUUCUGUUUACAUAUGGAUUUAGUCUCUUGAGUAAGCAAGCCAAGAAAAAGAAAAUUCUUGCUGUGGCAGUACUUGGAAUCUUACUGAUGAACAUUAUGCGCUGUGCACUCCGCAGCAGUCAGUGGAGGUCAGAAGAACAGCUUUUUAGGAGUGCACUGUCUGUAUGCCCUCUCAAUGCAAAAGUACACUACAACGUUGGCAAAAACCUGGCUGACAAAGGAAAUCAAAGCGCUGCAAUCAAAUACUACAGAGAAGCUGUAAGGCUGAACCCUAAAUACGUACAUGCCAUGAACAACCUUGGAAAUAUUCUGAAGGAAAGAAAUGAACUCCAAGAAGCAGAAGAGUUGCUGUCCUUAGCUGUACAAAUACAACCUGAUUUUGCUGCUGCAUGGAUGAAUCUGGGAAUAGUACAGAACAGCUUAAGAAGGUUUGAAGAGGCAGAGCAAAGCUACUGGACAGCAAUUAAACACAGAAAAAAGUACCCAGAUUGUUACUACAAUUUAGGGCGGUUGUAUGCGGAUUUGAAUCGCCAUAUAGAUGCAUUGAAUGCUUGGAGGAAUGCUACAGUUCUGAAACCAGAGCAUAGUUUGGCUUGGAACAAUAUGAUUAUAUUGCUUGAUAACACAGGCAAUCUAGCUCAAGCAGAGGCAGUUGGAAGAGAGGCCCUGGAGUUAAUACCUAAUGAUCAUUCCCUUAUGUUUUCUCUGGCAAAUGUACUGGGGAAAUCACAAAAAUAUAAGAAACUAAAAUGAAAAUCUUCUAAAAUGAAGAUACUACAGAUUCUCUAAUCCUGGAUUGAAGAUAGGAUACCUGGAUAAUCCCAGAAUAUUAUGAGAAAUUCAUACACUUUCUCUUGGGUACAAUUGGCCUGCUAAGCAGUGGUACUUCAACAUUAACUACUCAUAUUUACGAGUUGUGAAUGUAAUGCAGCUGGGGACAGAACUAUUUUCCUAAAGAAAGUGUAUGAGCAUCUGAAGACUACAUCACGUAUAGCUAAUAUAUUCAUUUGCUUUAAUGGACUCUGUAGGCACUAAUGUAUGUAAACAAUAACAAGAUUUUGAUAGUCCUGAGGAAAAAAAGAUGUCAUUUGCUGAACCAUGAGUUUUGGGGGUUUUGAUGGCUUUUUGAUACAUUGUAAUGUUAAUAGUGCAGAAGGAACAGCCUCGGUGUAAGAGAAGAAAGAUUUUAUGAUGUCAAACUUCUUAGAAUUUUUUAUUUUUUUUUUUUUUUCACCAAUUACUGUGUCUGAAUUCCACAGUUGUAUUCAGCUGUAGAGUGAUGACUUGUCCACUUGUGAAGCCAAGGCCUGUGACAGCCCAACACUUUUGUUUAUGUUGAUGGUGCUGUUAUACAUCACAUGACUGUUGCUCUAGACUGGCUGUUUCAUUUUUUGUAUAUUCUAUUAUUCCUCUCUUUCUACCUUGAAGCUGUCAUAAAAUAUGUUUUCAGGUUACUUUAACUAUGUUCUUGAAGAAUACAAAUUAACACCCAGAAUGUAUAAGGAGUAACAUUAUGGAGGAGUUAAUUGCUAGUAUUACUUAGAUGAAUCACGAGUGUGAAAGAACAGAGGAUUGUACAGUUAUUUAACGAGGGUAAUAUGCAGCCUGACAGAAUAAAAAACGUUUAUAAUGAAGUAAGCAGAAAAAAUAUGUGGAAAACUUGCUAGGAAACAUUCUUUGAGUGUAGAAGAAACAAGUUUGCCUUAGAAAAUUAAAAAGGAGGUAAUGCUGUUCAGUUCUGAGAGGUCAUUAUGCUGCAGGGGAAUGCAUUGGGCAACAUGGGAAUAGUUGUAGAGGAAAAUAAAGCUCUCAAGCCAGAAUCCUGAAUAAAGCAAAAGAGCCUAGGAAAGAAAUCAGAGAGCCAGUGAGAGUUUUAAUAUUUCUUUAGGGAGCAGUAGGUUUGUGUAGAGCAAAUGAUAAAGCCUAACUUGAGGUUGAUUGGUUAUAACAGGAAGAGCAAAUUAAGGGAAUUGGAAAGUGGACUUAGUUAGAAAAGGAGAUAAUGACAGCAGCAGCUGUAUUUUGCAUGGCCUGGAAAAAGGAGAUAGAGCAUGUUUGUUUGUUUUUUAAGUGGGAGAAAAAAUGUUGAUUAAAAAAAAGUAUGGGAAAUUGAUUUCUUGCCCACCCUCUGAACAUGUAAAAACAGAGAGAAAAGGAUGGUUCUUUAAGGAUAUUUAUUGAGUUGGGAGGAGUGAGGAAGACGUGGGAUAGAGGCUGUCAAGGUGAUGGAGGUAACUGGCAGAGGGCUGCCUGGCUGCAUCUGUUCUGUUGUAUAACCUCAGGCAUUUCAUUUAUUUGCUUUUUAUGUUUCUGUGUAAAAGUUGAUGCUACACUGGCUCUGUCGCCAUAAAAUAAGAUUUGUUUUGGGGUGGGUUUUGUUCUUUUGACGUUUUAUUUAUGGUUGGGUGGUUGGUUUGGGGUAGUUAUUUUAAAAGGCACUGAGUCAAAAAGAUUUUAUUAUGUUAUCAGAGAUUCCCUUCAAAUAAUUUGGAUGUUUUCCUUUGGUUUUAAGUGCAUUUUGAUUUUCAGCAGGAGAUGAAUUUCCCAAGCAACCCCCAAAAAGUCCUCCAACCCUUUACGAUUUGUUUGUAUCUAUUCAUGAAUGAUUUAUUAUUCCAGAAACAAAAGCGCAUAAAAGAUUACCUGUUGUGGAGUUGUUGUGUUUUGUUGUUGGUUUUUGUUUGUUUGUUUGUUUGUUUUUAAUUAACAUCUGUUAUACCAGUAUAGACUUCUCACUUAAAUACUUGUUCUUGUUGCAAUGGACAAAGAAUUAAGCUAUCUUUUAGUUCUUUGAAAAUAUAUAUGCUGUGUUUUUGUUAUGUAUACAUCCACAUUUUUUUUCUGUAAGAAGUACAACAAAUUAGAAACAUUCAGCAUUUUUUUCUUAUAUUUGAAAUGAAGCCAGACUACAGCUCUGUACUGUGGGCUUGGCAGCAGAUGGAAUGCAGUGUGGUUUCCCGAAGCCUUCACUAUAUGCAGCGUGCAAGGUUUCCUGACAACGCUUAAUUUAAAGAUUUGGCAAGACAGAGUAAUUUGAAGUAUCACCGGAUGUACUGGAAUGUAUAUUUACUCUAUACAUCUGCAAUAAUAUGAAAGUGAUUCACCUUCAAUAGUCUUUAAUGAGACAGUAUGCUUCUACUAACUGCUGAGCAAAGCAGUGGCAAUGAAAAUGUUUUCAGUGUGUGGUUGAAGAUGUAUGGUAAUGAGAGUCAGCUCUGAUCGUGUAUUUCAAUGUAUUUUCUUGGAACACAUUGCACAUAUUGCCCUAUCUUAUUUCAGCAGUGAAAACAGUAAGCCUUUCUAGUUCUCCUUUGUGUAGAUGACAACAUUUAGCCAUAAAAGUGAAUUAACUGGACAGCACAUCUUUCAGAGUGUUGUUACUCUGCUUGAUGAAGAAAGCAGAGAUUUACUUAUUUACUUAAACUGAAAUACUAGAAUUUGCAGUGGAAAAAAUUACAAGCUGUAGGAUUUCUGACUACUACACGCUUUCAAGAGCCAUUCUGUUGUUGAUGUAUAGGUUUGUGUGGCUAUAUGUAAAAAGAUUAUCUUGCAACACCACAGGAUCUGCCAGAGGUUUGAGUACUGGGAUAUUUCUCAGGUGACUCAGUUAGAAUCAUAGGACAAUUUUUUCACACAGAGGGAGGUGAUGCACUAGAACAGGUUGCCCAGGGAUGUUGUGGAUGCCCCAUCCCUGGAGGCAUUAGAAAUCAGGUCAGGCUGGAUGGAUGUGGCUCUGGGCAGCCUGGUCUAAUGGUUGGCAGCCCUGCACCAUAGCAGGUUGGAUUGAAACUAGAUAAUCGUUUUUGUCCUUUUCACCCAGGCCAUUCUAUGAUUCUGUGAUUAACAAUUUUGAAUGUAAGGGACAUCUAGAGUCAUCCAGUCCAAUCCCUGACCAAACCAUGGACAGUGGCCAGUUGAGUCUUGAAUAUCUUUAAAACCUCUCCAGGCAACACCUUCCAGUGCUUGACCACCUUCAUGGUUAAAAAACAAACAUACAAACAGAAAAGGUGUUUCCUUUUAUCUAAGUGAAAUUUCACAUUAAUUUUCUUUGUCUCUUGUCCUGUUGUGAGAAUAGUCUGGCUCCAUUUCUUGUGCGUUCUCUGCCCAGGUAGUUGUGGAUAGCAAUAAGGUCUCCCAUUCAUCUUCUCUUCUGAACGGUGGAGGGUGCCAGAGGAGAUACUGAGUCCUGCACCUGGGAGGAACAAAUUCAAGCACCAGUACAUGCUGUGGGUCACCCAGCGAAAAAGAAGUUCUGCAGAAAAGGACAGGGGGAUCCUGGCAACUGACGCCAAGCUGAGCAUGGAGCAAGCAGAGUGUCCUUGUGGCAAAGAAGGCUGAGAAUGUCCUGAGUUGCAUUAGGCAAAGUAUUGCUAGCAUGUCAAGGGAGGUGAUCCUUUCCCACUGUUCAAUACUGGGAGGCCGCAUCUGAGUACUGUGCCGAGUUCUGGACUAACCAAUACAAGGGGGACGUGAACAUAGUGGAGAGAGUUUGACAAAAGUCCAUGAAGGUGAUUAAGGGACUGGAGCAUCUCUAAUUUAAGGAAAGACUACGAGAUGGAACUGCUCAACCCAGAGGAGAGGGGACUCAGAGGAGAUCUCAUCAGUAUCUGUAAAUACUCAAAGGGAGGGUGCACAGAGGAUGGAGCCAGGCUCUUUUUAGUGGUGCCCAGUGCCAGAAGAACAUGCAAGGAUCAUAAGCUGGAGGACAGGAGGUUCCCUCUGAGCACUAGGCAGUGCUUGCAUGCUGUAUGGGUGACAAGAGAACUGGCACAGGUUGCCCACAGAGGCAGUGCAGUCUCCUCCUUGGAGAUCUCCAAAAGCCAUCUGCCUGGGGACUUGGGGACCCUGCUCUGAGUGGUGCUGGUGGAACAGGGGUUGGGCCACAGGGACCAAACCAACUGCAGAGAUCAUAUGAUUCCUGCCAUUCUAUUUCUCCAUUCAGUCCAGAUCUGAGUGAUAGCCUUCCCUCCCAGUGUACUGACCACUUCCUUCAAUUAGGUGCUGCUUCUGAAAAGUUUCUGAUAAUGCAUUAUCAUUAUCACCCAAAUCAUUAACAAAGUAUUAAAACACUGUGAGUCUCAGAGGCCAAUAUAUCUUGGCACUUUAAUAGUCAGCAUAUGAGGAUGCUAGAGCAGCUGCUUAUGCCUGGGAAAAGCAAUGCCAAAACUUGCACAUACCUUAGGCAAGUUUGUGCCUUAAGGCAGAAGACUACUACAUGGAGGAAAUUUUGUCUCUAGAUGUUUUGCACUGAAAAUAAAUGAGCAACUUUCCCUAAAAGAGCAUAGCACAGAAUCUAUGUGAAAUUGCGUCUUCUGAAAAUAUCUAAACUUGCAUGUGAGUAAAUGUGGAUUGAGGGGUGUCUUUCUAAACUUCUUCAGGAAAUAUGUUCUGUGUUUAUAUCAGCAGUUGGUAUGGUAAAGCAAAAAUGUUGAAUUGUGAAAUUAAUGUAGCAAAAGUUGCACCUCUGAAUAUUUGGUGAGAGUUCAGCUUUUCUAAGAAGUACUCAGACAUCAACAGUUCUAAGAGCUCACAUACUGCAUCUUGGUAUAUGGAAAAAAUAGCUUGCAAGAAAUGUGAAGAAUGCUUCACUUGGUUUGAUUUUUAAAUGACAGACACUCAGUUAUUCUUCAUUAAGAACCAUCUUGAAACAUCUGUUUGAAAGAGUUUUACUGGAAUGCUUGCAUUUUAAAUGGUGAAAAUUGUGUUAAAGGGGAAGAUGUCCAAAAGCAGUUUUCUCAGAUACUGUACUAUAUUAUGCUUGCCUUAACUGAAACUUGAGCAAGUGAUGUAAUUAAACCACUUUUACAGACUUCACUAAUGCUAAAUAGCUCCCAGUUAAAAUAAUGUGAAGCUGCAAAAUCUUGGCACAUAUUUGUGCCAUUGUUACUUCUCUUUCCAGAGGCUACAGCCAUUUUAACUACAGGAUUAUGCAAGCUUAGAUUAUACAUAUUGUGGAAUCACAUAGAUAUAGUUGGUGUUUGAGAUCUCCUUCAAUUACAAUUUUGAGUAUAUUUUGCUUUAUUUUACAUACUGCAAGUGUCGACUGCUCUGUUGACUUGUUCUUCUAAAUUAUUCAGGAAUCUGAAGCUUUGUUCCUCAAGGCAAUUAAAGCCAAUCCAAAUGCUGCC